AUGAAGAAGAUCACGGCAAUCAGGAGAGAAGUCGAUAAGGUGGAGAGGUGGAUCUCGAGGGAGGAGGCACUGGAAUCGAUGAAGCAGGACCCGAAGGAGAGGCUGAGGGUGAACAAGACGCUGAUGAGCUUGCUCUACAAGUUGGAUUUGGUGAGAGGCAUCAAUUCGGGGGUUAGGGAUUGCCGGAAGAGUGUGAUCAAGAGGGCGAUUGCGUUGCAGGAGUUUUUGGACACCAUUGUUGCUGAUGGACAAACCUUAACCCUAGGAGGUGAGGUUGAUGAAGCUUCUGAUUCCUCCGAAAUCAGGGAAAAGGAAGGUAAAGUCUCUGAGUCUAAGGUUGAAAUUUCUGGUGCUAAUUGA